AUGUCAACCGUUUUGGAGAGUUGUCGUCAUUUCUGUCAAGUAUAUCUAGAUGACAUCGUAAUAUUUUCUAAAACGGCAGAAGAACAUCUCGGUCAUGUAUAUAAAGUUUUACAAUGUUUACACCAGAACAACAUGAAGCUCAAUCCAUCCAAAUGCUCAAUCGCACAACCCAAAAUAGACUAUCUCGGGCAUAGCAUCACGGCUACAACAAUUCCACCUCUGAAUGAAAAAAUUAAUGCUAUUCUAAAAUUACAAGAGCCACGUACAUUGAAAGAAGCAAAUCGAUUUAUUGGCGCUAUCGCAUGGUAUCGUAAAUUCAUUAAACGAUUUGCUAAAGUUGCUGCAUCAAUUCAUUCAGUCACAAACUUGACGAAGAAAACCAGGCAUAAAUUCAGAUGGGGAGGUGAUCAGUUCUUGGCCUUCCACCAAUUGAAAAAUAUCCUAACAACCGCACCCUUAUUGUUACAGUUUCCGAUUGAAGGAAAACCGUUAAUACUCAGUACCGACGCAUCCGAUGUAGGCAUCGGAAGGGUAUUGCAGCAAGAAAUUGGUGGCCAAAUACAUAACAUUUACUAUCAUUCCCAGUUGAAAACGAAAGCGGAAAGGAAGUACGACACAAUAGAGAAAGAAGCAUUAGCGAUAUACAAAUGUUUAGAACGCAUGAGGUCGUACAUUUUGAAUAAAACCGUUAUAAUAUAUACAGACCAUUGUCCGCUGUGCAACGUGAUGAACAAAAAUGUCAAGAAUACACGUGUGGCAAAAAUUGCUAAUAUGUUGCAAGAAUACAAUAUACGAGAAAUUAUACAUAUAAAGGGAAGGUAUAACUGCCUUCCGGAUUAUUUGUCCAGAAAUAAUGCUACCGAGGUAGAUGCAUUGUUAGAUGCUGAUUAUGGGUUGGAAAUGAGCAGCAGUGGCCGCCACACUGCUAGCGAUGUGGUCGGCGUAAUAACACGAUCAGCAGCGAAGACAGCAGAGGUGACGAUGAGGAGUCUACCUGCAGAAAAGCCUGCAAAUAACACUCCACUUACAGAAGCAGAACCAUCAAAAGAAAGAGUAUUACCAAGUUUUUUGGACAUAACAAAUUUGAUCGAGGCGCAGCAGAAAGAUCCAGAAAUUCAGAAAAAGAUCAGCGAAGUUCAGGAAAAUCCGAAUAAAUAUCCAUAUGUGUUGGAACAUGGUGUCUUUUAUAAAUUAUUGUCAAGAGAUUCUGGAAGAACUAAAACAAAACUUAUUUAUCUUCCUAAACCAAUGAUAGCGCCUGCUCUUCGAUCCUGUCAUGGUCAUCCACUAGCGGGACAUUUCGGGCUUCACAGAACAUAUGAUAAAAUGAAAUACAAGUAUUGGUGGCCUAACAUGCAACAAACAAUACACGAUUACAUCAAUUCGUGUCCCAAUUGUAACCAACAUAAUUAUAGUAGGAAAAAGAAACCUGGACAUUUGUAUCCAAUACCACCACAACAAGGUCCGUUUCAGAUGAUCGGAAUUGACUACUGUGGACCUUUGAUGUUAACCCCAAGUGGAAAUCGUUAUGUUCUAUGCAUAACAGAUCAUUUCUCGAAACGGGUAACGGCUGUGCCAUUACUAAAUUGUACAGCUCAAACGACUGCUGAAACCAUACUCACUGAAUAUAUAUGUAAAUUCGGAGUACCAACAGUCAUUCUAUUGGAUAAUGGUACACAUUUUCAAAAUCAGUUGAUGUCAGCGUUAAUGUAUUUAUUAGGUCACAAUCAUAUAUAUUCCACAACUUAUCACCCUCAAACCAACGGUACGAUAGAGCGUUUUAACGCUACGUUUGUUCCACAGUUGGCGAAAUUACAGGACCAGGAGUCCAAUAACUGGGAUGAUUUUCUUCCAGCGGUGAUUUUUGCUUAUAACACAGGUCAACAUUUCUCAACAAAGUUUAGCCCCUUCCAGUUGCAAUAUGGACAGAUCCCUAAGUUACCACCAGAUCAAAACCCAAAGACGUUGGCAUUUAAUAAACCGUGCGACUAUUAUCAUCAACUUCAAAAGAACCUUAAGACCUAUCAUAAAUAUGCCCGUGGCAACAUGAUUCAUCUGCAACAGCUUUCCAAACAACGAUACGAUCGUAAUCGAACAGACCCACAUUAUCAAAUUGGAGAUUUAGUUUUAACAAGAUAUUAUGGAAGGAAACAUAAAUUGAUUGAAACAUUUUCAAGAACGCCAUCCAGAAUCAUUGAAGUCGAGGAUCCAAUUUAUUGGGUGGAAGAUGUCGAAAUGAAGGCAAUGACACGAGUACACGUUAAUGAUUUACGGCUCGUGCUACAAAAACAAAAAUAA